AUGCGUCGCACGGUGGUGCAACGAGUAGCCCCUUGGGUGCCGCCGCCACGUCAUGAUAUUAAAGUAACGAUGCCACCACCUCCUGGCGGUGAGGUUGGGGGCCGUUUUGGCGUCUCACAGGGUUAUAGUGAUCGCCUCGCUCGCACACCGUACUGGAAGCGCAUGGCACUCUCCACUUAUAAGCUGCGCAUGAUGGAGAAUGCUACACGUUACCCAAUGAGCGAGCACCGCCCAGGUGAAUACGACAUUAGGUAUCUACCCACACCGUAUCCGUGUACAAUUCGCAACCGACCGCUACUGGAGGUGGGUGAGCCGCGGCAGAUUCCGAGUAUACGGAUUCCUGUUAUAUUUUUAGUGAAUCUCUUUGAUGAGGCGAAGGGGUGUUGGUUUGGGCGACGGUACGAGACGGUUUAUGUGGAACGGCAGUUUAUGCGUGAGGAACUAAUGCCACAGCGAUACGCCAUUUACGCCACACCGGAAGCAUAUAAGUUGCUUGGUCUACCCGUAGUGAAUCACCAUACGCAUGAGGAAAUACCCAAGACACCUCGUGAGUAUGAAAAGUUGCUGGAGCGCCAGAGGUAUGAUGAGGAGCGAUGGAAAUAUACGAUCGAGUAUCUAUUCCGCAAGUACGAAGACGGACCACCAGAGCUUUUGGAUCGCCCAGAAGACGGAUGGGAUGGCUCAGAGGAAAUAGCCCUGUCGUCCGUGGCGGGCGCUGGACGUGAUGGAGUGGUGUCGCAGCGUAAGGGCCCGGUUAAACAGCGCAAGGCUAGAAAAAUCAAGCUCUUCUAA